CACUCACCUUGAUUUUACAGGUAUUAUAAUGGAGGUGGGAGUCAGUCUGCUUAGUUUUCGAAACUGCAGAUGUCCACUCCACUAACAUGGAGUCUGUGAGAACCACGAUGGCCACAGCAAAGUACACCCUGGUUGGAGAGACGCUGCGCUAUGUCAUCCCCAGCCACAUGCAGUGUUCCAUAGGAUGUGGAGGGCGCGCAUGCAAGUAUGAAGACCCGUCUCGGUGGAGUGAAGACAAACAGGCCAUCAAAGGGAUCUACUCCUCCUGGAUCACCGACAACCUGCUUGCAAUGGCGCGACCUUCCACAGAAAUAAUAGAAAAAUACAACAUCAUCGAGCAGUUUCAAAAGUGUGGUUUGAGGACAGUCAUAAACCUUCAGCGAUCCGGGGAGCAUGCCAACUGUGGCAAUCCGUUAGAGCCGGACAGCGGCUUCACCUACCGCCCAGAGACGUUCAUGGAGGCUGGCAUAUACUUUUACAACUUUGGAUGGAAUGACUAUGGAGUGGCCUCUCUCACAGCAAUCCUGGAUAUGGUGAAAGUCAUGUCCUUUGCCAUUCAAGAGGGUAAAAUGGCUGUUCACUGUCAUGCAGGCCUUGGAAGAACAGGUGUUUUAUUAGCCUGCUUCUUGGUGUUCACUUCCCGGAUGACCGCAGAACAGGCCAUUUUAUUUGUGCGAUCUAAACGGCCAAAUUCUAUCCAAACUAGAGGACAGUUGGUAUGUGUCAGGCAAUUUGCCCAGUUCCUGGUCCCACUGAGGAACCUGUUUGCCCACGCUGAGCCUAGAGCCAGUCCCGUCACCCUUUCCCAGUACCUCAUUCGCCAGAAACACAUACUGCACGGUUACGAAGCUCGGCAGUUGAGGUACAUGCCAAAGCUUGUCCUGCUCAUCUGCAAACUCUUACUGGACAUUGCGGACAACCGGCAGGUUAUUGAGGAGGAUAUUCUCGAGGUCCCUGACGUCACGUCAGAGGACGAUAGCUCUGUUUCCUUUACCCCAGUGCCGCAGCUUGUCCGCCCCAUAAUUGCUGGAGGGCUCACUAUGAUCCACCCACGGCUUCCUGGUCUACCCGUGAAUCCUAGAGAUGCAUCUCAGCCACCUCUUCACUAUGCCCGCAAGAGUCUUAGCUACAGUGACUCAGACCUUCACAGGCUGGCCAACACGCUAAACCUCUCUGGGAACCCUUUGGCCGUUUUAGCCAGCAUUACCCAGGCCAAUUCUGUUGGGAAGGAUGCGCCCCAAAGCAACUUGCCCCUACAGGACAAUGCCAAUCCUCAUGGAAGUCUAAAAGAUUUGGCAACCUAUGGUUCCUGCAGUAACCUCUGGGAGCUGAAGACAAUGAAGGACCAGAAGGAUGGAUGUGCACUGCUGAACACCCGGCGGCAGUCCGUCCUGCAGCGCAGCCAGUCCCUUGGGGUUUCUGACCAUUCAGAGAAGCGGAGUAGCUUCGCCAUGCUAUUGGCAUGGAGGAAAGAUGCCAAAGAAGGUGGUGUUUGUGAAGAAACCAAAAACGGCCAGGUGAAUCACGCCAGGGAUGAGGAAUCAGAGCGACUGUCUGAGGUUCCCUUCAUCACCAUCCAAUCAGAAUUGUCCCUGGAGGCUCGGCGCUUGCUGGUGGCUCAGUCACUGGCAGUGGACCUCUACAAGGAUGGGAAAGAGGAACACGUCCAGAAGGUUUCUGAGUGGCAGACGGAUCUGAAUCAUCAGGGAGCGUGGGAGCAGCUGUGUCUGGAGCGGGACCCUUUUGUUCUCACAGGAAUACUGUGGUCCUGGUUGGAGCAGCUAAAGGAGCCCAUCAUCUCAGCUAAAGACGUCCAAGCCCUCGACCAGCCCAACCCAGACCCAAAGAUUGUCCUCAAUUCACUUGACCGGGCUCCUAGAGAAAUACUUACAUGCAUACUGGACUGCUUUGCUCAUCUACUGGUAAUACCUGAAGAGGUGGAGAAUGCAUUUGUUGAGCGAAUAAUAAGGGCUUUCACAAAGAUAAAAAAUGUGAGCGGUGGUGAGGACGUCUAUGAAAUAAUGACAAGAGUCCUUAAGCGUGUUUUACGGGACAUGAGGAGCACCGCCAUGGAGGAGUCCCAACAGCUUUAGCAGCUGUAGCGAUUCCACUCAAUAGAAUAGUCUGCUGAGUGCCUCUUUAUUCAGGUGUGUUCCUUCUAUUCACUUACACACACA